AUGCCUUUGGGCGAGCACUUUGACAUGAUCGUUGGGACAACUGUUGGAGGAUUGAUUGCUCUAGGUCUCGGCAUCCACAACUUCAACGCGCAAGAAAUGAUGAGGCACUUCAGAUCUCUCUGCAGAGAUGGCAUGGAGCGAAAAGCUCUUACCAAAAGCCAAUGGUUCGGGUGGGCCGUGAGGCUUCUCACCAGCUCCAUAUACAAAACCUACGAACUAGAGAAUGCUUUGAAGGCAAUAUUUGGCACCAAGACGCUUUUUGGAUACCACAAUGGUGCCUCCAAGGUUGCGGUGACGACUACUGUGAGCGCUGAGACCCGAUUGCUUGCCAACUACCACUGGGGUGACGACAAGAGGUAUCUGAACGCAGAUGUUCGUACAUGGCUCGCUGCCCGAUGUACUUCAGCCGCUCCCAUGUAUUUUGAAUCGGGCCGGCAUGACGGCGUUGAUUGCCGGGACGGCGGAUUGAUAGAGAAUAACCCCCUACAGAUUGCAGUGAACGAGGCGAGGAAGCUUUGGGGUACGGACGCAUCGUUUGACAUUGUCACCUCUAUUGGGUGUGGAAAGGCAUACAAGCCGCAGCCUGCUCCAACGUCGACGUUUGUCAUCAGCGGUUGGGUAGAGGAGCUUUUCAAAACACUUAUCGAGACUAUGAACGGCCACAAAGCAUGGGAGAAGUUCUACGACGACUCGGGUAAUGAUAUGCUGGACCGAUGCGAGCGAUUGAACGUGCUGUUGAAGGACGAGAUCGAGCCAGAACUCGACGAUGUCAGCGCUAUUAGCCGACUGGAAGACCUAGCCAAAUCGUACUACUUUCACUACCAGCCUAGAAAAGGACAGUUUCGGCUAUUUCAGGACGAGUAG